AUGAAACAAUUCAUUGCAGUCUCCAUCGCCCAGUUGUGCUUAGCUUCGGGCAUCUUUGCCAGGACCUUCACCAUCAGAAACAACUGCCCCUUCACGAUCUGGCCAGCGCAUUUCACGAACCCCGAUUCGCCGACCAAGCUCACGAGCCAAGCAGCCGGCUGGGAGGCCCCCAAGCGCAGCCAGAAGAGCUUCCAGGUCCCUGAUCGCUGGGCGGGAAGAUUCUGGGGCAGAAGAAACUGCGACUUCUCUAAACAAGGCCCUGCUUCGUGUGCCACCGGAGGCUGCAACGGAGGCUUGGUAUGUGACGCGCGCACUGGAUCCGGAGUUCCUCCUGCGACUCUGGCCGAAUUCAAGUUGAACGGCGAUGGCGGGAAAGACUACUACGAUGUCUCGAACGUGGACGGCAGCAACUUGCCCGUGUUGAUCAGCAACAACAAGGGGUGCCCCACCCCGUCCUGCAAGCAAGACUUGAACCCGGGCUGUCCCGAAGACAAGAUGAAAGUCAAGGACGGAAGGGGCACAGUCAUCGGCUGUCUCUCUGCCUGCCAGGCUAACUUGGACGGGAACCACGGCAAUUCGGCCAAUUGCUGCACCGGCAGCCACGGCAAACCGGAGACCUGCCCCAAGAACGGAGUCAAGCACUACAACUACUUCAAAGGCAAAUGUCCGGAUGCUUAUGCGUAUGCCUAUGAUGAAAGCAGCCAAAGCGCGCUCUGGACUUGCAACAAGGGCGCAGACUAUACCGUCACUUUCUGUCCUUGA